UAAAGGCGAGAAUCAUCGUGAGGUCGCUAAUCAUUUUCAAGAUGGCCUCUAACACUGGACUUGAGAAGCUCGUUCCGUAUCUUUUGAUCGGUCUUGCCGGCUGGGAUAUUGCAAAUGCUGCGUUGCCCAUGGUAUCGACACGCCCCAAUGGAGGUUGUGACAUCCGCAAGGCAAUUUGUUCCAUAAACAAUGGGACCGUUUCUGGCGUAAUUCAGUUUAGGACUCAGCGUUCAUCUGAGGGAGUCUCUGUUACUGGACAGAUAUCGGGACUGUCACCUGGAUUGCAUGGCUUCCACGUUCACGAAUUCGGAGAUUUAUCGAACGGUUGUGCCAGCACUGGUGGCCAUUACAAUCCCACAAAUAUGGACCAUGGAGCGCCGACUGAUAGUCAAAAACAUGUAGGGGAUUUAGGAAACAUUGAAGCAGAUAGAAGUGGAGUUGCAGAUUUGAACAUGGUUGGAGAUCAAAUGAGAUUGUGCGGUCCCAUGUCAAUAAUGGGAAGAGCAAUAGUGGUUCACGGUGGGGAAGACGAUCUGGGAAGAGGUGGCAACCAAGCUAGCAGAAAUAACGGAAAUGCCGGACCCAGAGUUGGAUGCUGCAUUAUCGGAGUCGCAAAUAAUUCAUAAAAGACGAUUCAUUUUAAAAAAUCUUCUUAAAUGCAUCGAAUAUGUGAUUCAUCUUUCUGUUCACUGAUUAAAAAAUAUCAUAUUUGA